CCCCUACACGCCGCGUGCGCGCGCCGUGCUCUCUCUCGCUCGUGGGGACAGCUGCGCGACCGCCGCCGCCCUACGCCAGGCGCCCAGGUCUUCGGCAGUACCUUCGCCGGCGACGAACUAGCACCCACAGGAAAAUGGCAAGCAGAGCAGGUGGCGAUGGCAAGGAAGCCAUAAACGAGCAGGUAAUCGCCAACACCUACGCCAACAUGCGCACCGAAAUGAACCAGCUCUACACAAAGAUCACGGAGCUGGAGAUGGAGGUCAGCGAGCACUCCCUCGUGAUGGGCGCGAUCGAGCCGCUGGACCCCUCGAGGCGAUGCUACAGGAUGAUCGGCGGCGUCCUAGUGGAGAGGACCAUCAGGGAGGUCAUGCCUGCCGUGAAGCGCAACAAGGAGGGCCUGGAAGAGGUGAUUGCCCGCAUGCACGAGGCGCUGGAGAGGAAGAAGAAGGAGAUAACCGAGUUUGAGCUCAAGUACAAGAUCAGGAUCCGGAAGGCUGAUAGCGACGCUGAGGAUGAAGGCGGCAAGAAGGAAGGCACUGCGCAGGGAGUCCUUGUUGGUCCUGCCGGACAGUAAUCUAAGUUGAUUAGAGAGACCUGCGUGCUACAAGCUAUUUAUGCUUGGACCACAGUAAGGUGGUUGUUGCUCCUCUCUGCCAAUGUGUGUGUUUAGGGGGUGACGACAUGCUUCUGUAGAACCAGCGAUUUUGUGUUUAAACUGGAAUGGUUUUGACAAGGUGCGAUGUGUUUCUGCAUUUGUUCUUCAGGUUCAGGUGUUUCGGUUAACCAAAUGUAUUUCUUGCUUGCUGAUAAUGAUGGCACAUCUCUAGUUUCGCAGGGCUGCAGUCUGUGUCUGGAGGCCCCUUUUUAUUAUCUUUUCAGAU